AUGUCAUUCUUCAUGAAAUUCAAAGACAACAAUCCAUAUUUUCUAAGAAGUUUCUUUUAUUUUCUCUCAGAGAGACGAGAGAAUCCCCAGCCGAGCAACAAGACUAUUCUCAGAGCCUUCUUAGCUCCGGUUGUCUCAUUAGACGACAAAACUGAGGUCGGAAGUCCUGAUCAUGCCAUCGGUACAGUCGCCACAGCUCAAGCUGACUACAUGCGCGUCAUUGUUCAAGAUGUACAUGAGUCUGUCAAGAGAAAUGAUGGAGAUGAUAAGGUUGGCGUUGAGUUGCUUUGCGUGGUGAGAAACUUGCUGAAGAAGAUAGGGCGGACGGUUCUUGUUGGUGAUAAAGUUUACGUGGAGAAAGUUGAUUGGAUUGAUCGGAGAGCAAAGAUUGAUAAUGUGUUUGAACGAGUCUCCGAGACUUUGGAUCCUCCUGUGGCCAAUGUGGAUCACUUACUCAUUCUCUUCUCUCUCGAUCAACCUAAGAUUGAUCCAUUUACACUUACCAGGUUCUUGGUAGAAGCUGAAUCCGUUGGCAUUCGAGUCACACUUGCCUUGAACAAAUGUGAACUCGUCACUCAAGAGGAAAUAGAAUCUUGGAACAUGAGAUUGCGUGGUUGGUACUAUGAACCAUUGAUUUGCAGUGUUGAAACUAAAUUCGGACUUGAUGAGAUUGCGUUUAACCUACGUAAUCAAACUUCUGUGAUUGUUGGACUGGUUAAUAAUGGCGAUCUUUGCUUUUGCGUAAUAAGUAGGACUUCUUGGCCUUGGUUGAGUUGCACUAAACUUGGCGCAUAA